UGUGACUGCCGUUUUGUUUGAUAUGUUAUUUCAGCAGAUCAUUGCGUUUAAAAAAUGACGGUCUUCCAUAGUUUGUUGAUUUUGAUUGUUAUUGCCAUUCCUUGUAGAAGUAUGAACUAUCAGUUUGCAAGACGACUCUACGAUACAGCUCUUUCAAAUUAUACAAGGCAUGUUAAACCAAGACAGUUAAGUGCUGACGUCGUCAAUGUCAACGUCGAGUUCAAUAUAAACGCAGUCAUAGACUAUGAUGAAAAAUCUGGUGUUUUCAUCUUCCAGGGAAAAUUCAAACUAACAUGGUGGGACGAAAUGAUAAUGUGGAAUAAAAGUGACCAUGGUUAUAUUGAUAUGGUACAACUUUCAAUACACGAUGUGUGGGUUCCAAAGAUUGUCAUUGGAAACAGCAUUUCAUAUCAUUCCAUAUAUAAAUUUGACAAUUAUUUUGACAGCAAAAUGAUUUAUGUAACAUAUUUGGAAAACGGAGCUGCCAGUAUUUCUAGUUCUGGUGUCUGGGAGACCAGUUGUAAUAGUGAUGUAAGCAAAUUUCCUUUUGACGUUCAUGAUUGUGUUGUUCAACUAGAUGCCCUUGAACCGAUGAGAGAUAUACAACUUAUUUCUAAAAGUAAGGGUGUAUCUAUUAACUCUACAAGUAUGCAUUCAGAAUUUAAGAUUAAGGAGACUUCCUUGACUUCAGAACCACUGCAUGCUGAUAUCACGUGGUCACAGCUGACAUAUACUAUCAAGCUCGAGCGAAAACCUCUAUUCAUGAUGAUGAACCUAGUAGUUCCGGUAUACAUCAUAAGUCUCGCAAACCUGCUGGUAUUUCUACUGCCGCUUGACUCUUCCGACAGAGUUGCAUUUUCUGUGACAAUGCUGCUGACGUUUACUGUUUUCAUGACGAUGGUUACAGAUGAACUUCCGGCCACGGACAAGUUAUCUCAUUUCAAUACGUUUUUGCUCCUGCAGUUGGUUUUUAGUACAGUAAUUACAGUAUGUGUUUUGUUUAUUCAUUACAUUUACAGAAAAGAGGAUGAAACAUGCGCAACUCCCAAAUGGGUUGACUGGAUAACAAAUUGGAAAUCUAAGGAAAACAUGGUCGAACCGCUCGAGAAACAUUUUGAAGUCGAAAAUAAAUCAACUUGGAAGAAGAUUGCGAGAAUGGUAAAUAAAGUUCUCCUGGUUACAUUCUCAAUCGUUAUUCUCGCAGAAUUUGCAUAUUUUUAUUGUGUCAUAUCAGUUUAAGCAAACGCAAGUAGGAAUAGAGAGAAAACUACAUACGUUCACGCUUAUGGUUAACCAUUUAAGUAUCAUUUCUAUAACACUGUAAAAUGAAAACUUUUUCAUGGAACUGAAAUCAGUUUUGCGUUUUAUCAAAGCGUUUUGAUUCCGUAAUACUAGAAUUUUCGGAAUUUCCCGCUUCAACUUCAUAUGAAAUUGUGAAUUUUAUAAUUGAUAAACGUAUCGUAACAAAAAAAUAUGUGUUACAAGCUUUUCCUUAAUGUAUACAUGAACUCAUAUUUUUGUUGCGUCAUUUUUUUUAAUUUUAUAUAUUGAUAAAUGUGUUGUUAAAUGGUUAUGUAAAAAGGUCUUGGAUUGUUAUGUAAAGAGAGCAGCUAUCGUGUAAACUUUAUUACUAAUUCGAAUUUAUUGCAGUCUCAUAAAAGAGUUAUUGACAUAUGGAAGAACUGAUACAGCUUUUGAUACUAUUUGUUUCAACUCAAAACGUUUCAUACUUUUCACUGUAAACAUAGUUUUAGAUAUGUAUAUAAGUAGAACAAAUUGAUUCUAAAUAUAUGAAUUGUGGGCAAACAGCAAUUAAUGUAUAUGUAUAUAACACGAAUUUUCAAAUAAAAAUGAAAUUAUGUA